UUAUACUUGCGUAACAAUUAUUCAAAAAGUUUUGUUGUUGUAAAAUAGUUUUUGUACAAUUUACACAAAAUCUAUUUGUGAAUCUUGAACAAGUGACGUAAAUUAUAUUAUCCUCAUCGGCUAUGCAUAGUACAAGGUUCGCCCAUCGCGUGAUAAGGCAUAUAAAACCUAAAACUUUGCAAAAUAUUGUCAAUAAUACGACACCCGGCACAGCAUUCGGAUUUCGACGUUUUUCGGCGGGAAAAGUAGCAAAUAUGAAAUUUGUUCAAUUUACUUACUCAAAUAAUCCAAAUGAAAUUCGUGUCGGAUAUUUAGAUGGCGAUAAUGUUAUUGACCUUAAUAAGGCGGUGCCGACCUUACCCAGAACGCUAUUGGAGAUCCUAAGGAAUAAGGAAAUGAAACAAAUUUUCCGCCUCUGUGAAUGUGUUACUGACGCAGCAAAGCUACCGGUAUCAUCUGUAAAUCUUAAAGCACCGAUUACGGGUAUGGACAAGGUUCUAUGCAUAGGACUAAACUAUAAAGAUCACUGUGAAGAACAAAAUUUGACGCCUCCUGAGGUUCCAAUGAUAUUCAGCAAAUUCGCUAGUACUGUUGUAGGCCCAUCGGAUAGCGUCCGGCUUAGAGUUGAUGUUACUGAUAAAGUGGACUGGGAGGUGGAAUUAGUGGUAGUGAUCGGGAAGCCAGCGAGUAACGUCAAAGCGAUGAAUGCUUUUGACUAUGUCUUUGGGUACACAGUAGCUCAGGAUAUAAGCGCAAGGGAUUGGCAGAAGACUAAGAAUGGUGGGCAGUUUUUGCUUGGAAAGUCAAUGGACACAUUCUGUCCUAUUGGGCCGUGUAUUACCACAAGUGAUGAGAUAACAGACCCACAAAAACUAGAGAUCAAAUGCUCUGUUAAUGGCGUACUUAAGCAAUCGAGUUGCACAGAUCAGUUGGUGCAUAAGAUACCUGAUGUUAUUGAGAGGCUAUCAUCGGUAAUGACUCUCCUACCGGGUGACAUCAUAUUAACAGGCACUCCUGGGGGUGUGGGUAUGUACCGAUCACCCCCGGAAUACCUUAAACCCGGUGACCUCGUAGAAAGCACCAUCCAAGAUAUAGGGACUCUCGUGGUCAAAGUGGAAAAGUUUUAAAACUGCCAAUAUUAAAAAGAUAAUGGAGAGAACUCCUUUUUACGGGAGUACUACGCUGUUACUUACAUACACACACUACGAGCAUAAGUUAAAUUUUAUGAAUAUGUUAUUACAUAGUUUUUUGUUGCUUUUUGUAUAAAGCAACAAUAGUUACAAAAUAUAGUGCAAUAGUUAUAUUAUUGGAGUAUUUUAUGGGUUCAUUUCUGUAGUAAAUACAAUCUCUAUAAGUAGACGAUAAAGAAUUGUUUAAGUUUAUCCACAUUUUUAUUUGUAUAUUAAAUGAUUUUUAUUAUUAUAAA